CUCUCAUUCCCCCGAACCCUAGACCUCCCACCCGCAACUCUCUCACCCGCCGCCGCCUCGCCCUCCAAGGUCGAGACGCCGGGAUCCGUCCCUUCCGCCGCCGCGCCCUCCGCGGGCGAGACGCCAGGAUCUAUCGCCGCCGCACCCUCCUCGCCGUGGGCGCCGAGCGCCGCCGCAGCACCGGGAAGGUGGUGCCGAACGAGUACGACGACUGCUCCUACUGCCUCUACGAGACUACGACACCGACGCCUCCACGUUUUACGGCAUCUCCCCCUUCUUUGUGCUCCUGCUCCAGCCGGCCAUCGGCAUCGCCGCCGCGCGGUGCCUCUGCUUCGGCCCCGCGCUCUCCUCCCGCAGCUGCGCCGUCGCCGCGUUCGUCCUCUCCUGGUGCGUGCCUUAAAACCCUAGGCCCGCUUACAAGGCUAAACCCUGCAUUUCUCUGCUUCUUGCUUCGUUCUUUAGUGUGAAUGUUUCUUAUAACCCUUCUUGCUUCGUUCUUUGUUAUUUUCUUUGUUUUAAUUCGACACAACAUCUUCGGUUGGAUCCUUACUAGUGGGAAUUUGAGGAUGCACUGCAUAUUUCAAUAUACUAGAACAACUGUAAUGUGCUUAUGGAUGAAAGGAUUGGUGACAUAGGUGAUAGAUGUGGUGUUGUUUGCCAGUUUGGCCCCUUUAUUGCAAGGUAGUGGAGGGGCUAUGUAGCUUUUAUAUGGCCAGCCUUCACAAAUGUUGAACUUUCGACGUGAUCAUUCGAUAAUACUCUACUGUAAAUGUAGUUUCAAUAUCCUGCAAUGCCUUAUACAUUAGUGACCCGAUAUUUGGUUAAUUCAUUCUGUGGAUAAGUUACACACUGCGGAUUGAAUUUUUUUAGACCUGUAUGCUGUAACUUCCUAUGGCCCAAAUGCUGAAUGUGUAAUCAAGCAGAGCAGAUAGAUUCACGUUGUGUAGAAAAGGGUACUAUUACUUGAUCUGACAUUGGCAAAUGUGUUUUUAUCAGGCAGCAUAUUCCAGUAGAGUGAUUAGCGUUUAUUGCUGCAUCCAAAUUUGUCUUGGAUUGCAUAUUAUCUCCAUUUCCCAAGAUAGCUUCUUUGCCUAACUGAUGCUUUUGAUAUGUAUAUGACAUGUCUUUUUAUUGUCUGUUUUCUAACAUCAAUUUUAAGCAGAAGCAGAAGGGCUCUAAUAGAAUAUUGAUUCCAAUUGUGGAAGGCCAGCAAGUUGGAAAGUGGGUUGUCAUUGAUAAAGUUGCCUAGGUUAAUGCUAUCUUCUUGAAAAAGAUGGCUGAUAAUGGUAAUGCUAAAGGGGGAACUGGAACCUAUAUAAUCAAUCUAGAUAACUUCAGUAAGCGGCUGAAGGUGUUCUAUGACCAUUGGAAGGAACACAAGUCUGAUCUUUGGGGUUCUUCUGAUGCUAUUGCCAUUGCUACCCCACCUCCUUCUGAGGAUCUUCGUUAUUUGAAAUCCUCAGCUCUGGAUAUUUGGUUACUUGGAUAUGAAUUUCCAGAAACAAUAAUUGUCUUCAUGCACAAGCAAAUACAUGUCUUGUGCAGUCAGAAGAAAGCAAAUCUGAUUGGGACCCUCAAGAAGGCUGCAAGUGAGGCUGUUGGUGCUGAUAUUGUCUUGCAUGUGAAAGCUAAGAAUGGAGAUGGUGCUGACUUGAUGGACGACAUACUGCAGACUGUUCGCAUUCAGUCGAAAUCAGGCAAUCCCAUUGUUGGGCACAUCGCAAAAGAGGCACCUGAGGGUAAGCUUCUUGAAACAUGGGCAGACAAGUUAUCUGGGUCAUCUAUACAACUUACAGAUGUGACAAAUGGCUUCUCUGAGCUUUUUGCUGUGAAGGACACCACAGAGAUCACUUGUGUGAAGAAGGCUGCUUACUUAACUACAUCUGUACUGAGAAAUUUUGUGGUUCCAAAGUUGGAGAAGGUUAUUGAUGAGGAAAAGAAGGUCUCACACUCCACAUUGAUGGAUGACACAGAAAAGGCUAUUCUUGACCCUCUCAAGGUAAAGGUGAAGUUGAAACCUGAAAAUGUUGAUAUUUGCUACCCUCCAGUCUUUCAAAGUGGGGGCAAGUUUGAUCUCAAGCCUGGUGCCUCUAGCAAUGAUGACUAUCUCUAUUAUGAUUCUGCAAGUGUUAUCAUCUGUGCAAUUGGGUCCAAAUAUUCGAGCUAUUGUUCAAAUGUUGCCCGGACAUAUCUGAUAGAUGCUACCCCUACGCAGAGUAAAGCAUAUGAGACCCUUCUGAAAGCUCAUGAGGCUGCUGUACAAACAUUGAAACCAGGCAAUCAGAUGAGUGCGGUUUAUCAAGCUGCAGUGGCAGUGAUUGAGAAAGACGCUCCUGAACUACUUCCCCAUUUAACAAAGUCAGCUGGAACUGGAAUAGGCCUUGAGUUCCGAGAAUCUGGCUUAAAUCUGAAUGCCAAGAAUGAUCGUCGGAUAAAACAGGGAAUGAUUUUUAAUGUUUCUCUUGGUUUGCAUAAUCUCCAGGCAGAAACCACCAGUGAGAAGACAAAACAGUUUUCACUGUUGUUAGCUGAUACUGUUUCAGUCACUGAAAAAGGAAAUGAGAUCUUGACAGCACCAUGUUCCAAGGCUGUUAAGGAUGUUGCCUAUUCAUUCAAUGAAGAUGAGGAAGAUGCUCCUGCCGCGAAAGUGGAGUCGAAGCCUGUGGAUGUCAUGCCAACCAAGGCUACUCUUAGGUCGGACAACCAGGAGAUGUCCAAGGAAGAGCUCAGGAGACAGCACCAGGCUGAACUUGCUCGUCAAAAGAAUGAAGAGACUGCUAGAAGGCUUGCUGGGGGUGGUUCUGGUUCUGGUGAAGGACGUGGUCCUGCGAGGGCAUCGAAUGAGCUUGUUGCAUACAAGAAUGUUAAUGAUGUACCAUUUGCAAGAGAGCUGGUGAUACAGGUAGAUCAGAAGAAUGAAGCUGUCCUCUUACCUAUAUAUGGCAGCAUGGUGCCUUUCCAUGUUUCUACUGUGAAGAGUGUGACAAGCCACCAGGAUAACCGUACCUGUACAAUCCGCAUCUUCUUCAAUGUGCCUGGCAUGCCAUUCUCGAAUGAUAGCAAGCUGAAUUCUCAAGGUGCUAUCUAUUUGAAAGAAAUUACAUUCCGCUCAAAAGACCCACGGCAUAGCAGUGAAGUUGUUCAGCAGAUCAAAACGUUAAGGAGGCAAGUUGCUUCAAGGGAGUCAGAGAGAGCUGAAAGGGCAACCCUUGUUACUCAGGAGAAGCUUCAGAUAGGAAACAACAGAAUGAAGAUGAUGAGACUUUCUGAUGUGUGGAUCCGACCUGCAUUUGGUGGUCGUGGGAGGAAGCUCACAGGAAAUCUUGAGGCUCAUUUCAAUGGUUUCAGAUAUUCUACGUCAAGGGCUGAUGAGCGUGUGGACAUCAUGUAUGGGAAUAUAAAGCAUGCCUUUUUCCAGCCUGCAGAGAAAGAAAUGAUUACUCUCCUUCAUUUCCAUUUGCAUAAUCACAUCAUGGUUGGAAACAAGAAGACAAAGGAUGUCCAGUUUUAUGUUGAAGUGAUGGAUGUUGUACAAACUCUUGGUGGCAGUAGGAGAUCUGCACUCGAUCCUGAUGAGAUUGAGGAAGAGCAGCGUGAGAGGGAUCGGAAGAACAGAAUAAACAUGGAUUUCCAGAACUUUGUGAACAAGGUUAAUGACCACUGGUCACAGCCACAAUUCAAAGGGCUCGAUCUGGAGUUUGAUGUACCUUUGAGAGAGCUUGGGUUUCAUGGGGUCCCUUACAAGGCUUCUGCUUUCAUAAUUCCAACUUCUACUUGUUUGGUUGAGCUUAUUGAGACCCCCUUCCUUGUGGUGAGCCUGAGCGAGAUAGAGAUUGUUAACCUGGAGAGGGUGGGCUUUGGAACAAAGAACUUUGACAUGGCUAUUGUUUUCAAGGACUUCAAGAAGGACGUUCUCCGCAUAGAUUCCAUCCCUUCGACAUCACUUGACGCGAUAAAGGAGUGGCUGGAUACAACUGACCUCAAGUACUACGAGAGCAGGCUGAAUCUGAACUGGCGUCCUAUCCUGAAAACUAUCAUUGAUGAUCCUCAGAAGUUCAUUGAUGAUGGUGGCUGGGAAUUCCUGAACAUGGAGGCGAGCGACUCUGAGACUGAGGAGACAGAGGAGUCGGACCAGGGCUAUGAGCCUUCUGACGCUGAGCCUGAGUCCGAGUCAGAAGAUGAUGACUCUGACAGUGAGUCCCUGGUGGAAUCUGAUGAUGAUGAUGAUGAGUCCGAUGAGGACUCGGAGGAGGAGAAGGGCAAGACCUGGGAGGAGCUGGAGCGUGAGGCAAGUAAUGCAGAUCGGGAGCAUGGCGCUGAGUCGGACAGCGAGGAGGAGCGGAGGCGCCGCAAGGCGAAGACCUUUGGCAAAUCGCGUGCGCCGGAGCGCAGCAGCUUCAAGGGAGCUCCACCCUCGAAGAAGCCAAAGUUCAGGUGAACGGUACCUGCUGGCUGCUAUGGUGACGUGGUUGCUUUGUCAACCUCCCUCACUUGAGGAGGCAUGUAUGUAGGAGUGUCGUUUGUUAUCUCUACUAGAUUAUCUUGGUACUACUUUCUGCCUCUGCAGUAGCUUAGUCCAUUUAGGUGAAAAGUGACAGCUGUCCGGUGAACUUGAUCAUACUGGAUGAGAUGAACAUUGAACUUGCGUCAUUGGGGAAAGGAGAUCCUGGGUUGAUUGAUUGGUGUAAUAUCCUCAUUGAUGUAAUAUUUUCCUGGUAGUAGGUGGACCUCUAGGUUGUAUAAUAUUUGUUUGUGCUUGCAGUUACCUUUUUGGUACAUUAACCCUACAUGAAAGUGCUUGUCUAAUGGAGUUUUCUUGGAUGCAGCAGCAUUUGAA